CUAAAACUAAAAUCAAGAGAACAUAAAAGUGUGUUGGUUGUACGGUUUCUGUACUGUUUUUGUUGUAUUUGUGCACCUAAUAACAAGUCGACAUGGGUGAUAUAGAACCUCUCGACCUUCAUGCAAUCAUUGGUUUUGCAGGUACGCGAAACUGUAUAAUGUUUAGCUUCACCACAACUGUGAUAGCGCUUUGUAAUUUUCAGCGAUCUUUCAUCCUGAACUGUCAUUUAGACGCUGCUAAAAUUUCAUUUAAAUUUAAUUCGCAUGUUUUUGUAGGUGAGGUUCCAGGAGGUUUGCUGGUUAACAGUGACAGAGAACAUCUUAUCUAUCCUCUUGGCAACACAAUCGUCGUCGAGGAAAUUAAAGAGGACAAAAAACCAGCUUCUGGUGGGAGAGGAUCAGGAACCAAAGGGGGAACCAAAAGUAGGACUACCCCAGAAGAUCCAAAGAUGCGUCAGAAGCUGUUGUCAGGACACAAAGAAAGAUGCCUGGCGGUUUCUUGUCUGGCAGUCUCCAAAAGUGGAAAAUACCUUGCAUCGGGUGAAAAGACUCACAUGGGAUUUCAGGCCGAUGUUAUUCUUUGGGAUUUUGAGAAGAGAUCCAUUAAACAUACCCUGGAUCCACUGCAUAAAGUCAAAGUAGAAGCGCUGGCUUUUUCUCCAAAUGACAAAUAUCUGGUGUCCCUUGGUGGCCAAGACGAUGGAUCGUAAGUCUAUAAAAGUAGAUUCUCUAUGUGAUUGAAUUUUAUCUUUGGUUUAAUGUUUUCUCUAGUUUGUAUCGAACUGAUUACUAAUUACAUCCUUAUACCUAAAACGCGAGGGAAAAUUUGAUUGAACCAAGGUUGAAAUUCAGUUACAGCAUCUACUUUUUUCCGAGUGAUAACGACACUCUAAGUGUGAGGAAAGGCCAUUUAUAAAAUUUGGGAGACUCUCGUUUAAAAAUGUGAGACUGAGACCAAACAAUUGUAGCACAUAACCCCUUAUCUUUGUCAUAGCUUUCAUCGCCUAAUUGCAAGUACACUCAACGAUGGGAAUUUUUCUGUAUUGGAGUAGUAAUACUCUCUUUUGCACAUAUUUUUUGUAAAUUUAAUGCCCUCUCAUCUCAUUAUUUUCAGGAAAUGAUGAGUAUUUACAGAUAUUUUUCAGUAAUUAUGAUAAUAGUUAGCUACUCUGGGUACCUUUUGACUGACUCCUAGACUUAAACCCCUGAAAGAAAUGCAAGGCUUUCAGACUAAAAUGAGCUAAACUAUACAGGAAGGAGAGUACAAGCUACAUCUGAGACAGUUAGAAGGAUCUCAGUUUAGCAAAGGUUUACUGCUUUCUUUUAAAGGCCUUUGACCCCUGAUAAAAUUAGUAAUGAAGAGCUUGAGCUACCAAAGAACAGGAGUUGAAAGUCAGGAUAAACAAGUGUAUUACAUACUGUUUGGAUCAGAAAAGUAUUUGUACCAAAGCUUUAUAUCAUUAAUACCAACAACAACCAUUAAACUGAGGAGAAGCUUUUUGUGAUUUCCUUUGAAACACUUGUCAGAACCAGAGAAAUUCAAUACAAGAUAUUUCAUGUAAUCUAUUUUUAUACAUUAAAUGGAGUGAUUUUCAGAUUCAAAUAGUUAAAAAAUCUCCUGUGAUGUAUCUGAGACAUUAGUAUACAUAUUCUCCAUACAGUUUGUCAUACUUUUCCUAAGGUGCUGACAAAGAAAAUUUGUCCCAAAGUCAGGAGCCUCUUUAGUUGGUGAUCAUUUCCUUUUAAUAUUCUUGUGAUCUCACCUGUAAUUUAGAGGUGAUGCUGUAAGGAGAAAUCAGAUGGUAGUCACUCCAAGGGUCAAAAGGUUACGAUAAACACUGUUUAUACUAUUUUUCACAUUCUCUAUAUGAUAUGUCAUGUUGGAACAGUGCUAAAAUAAAUUGCUCUAAUCAGAAUAAAGCCUUGACCAUUAAAACAUAUUUCUUUUCCAAAUUUUUUUCUUCUUUUACUCACAGAAUUGUUGUGUGGGAUGUCAAGAGUGGUUCGGCUAUUUGUGGAAGUGUGGCAGGUGCUCCAAGUGCUGGGACUACAUUUGCAGUAGCUUAUGCUAACUUGAGUGAUGAGAUAUUUGUCACUGGUGGAGAGUAAGUACUGCUGAUGCUCCUGAAAUCUUUAAAGUUUUUAUGAUUUGAUGGUUAUAUGUUGGAACACUGCAGGGCUGAGAAUUUGAAAGAAGACAAUAGUGUUAACUAUGGCCAAAAGCUAUUAACCAUCCUAACAUCAGUAUACAUAUACUUGAUACUAUUUGCCAUACAUUUCCUAAAGUGCUGACAAGGAGAAUUUGAUUAUCAUUCAAGGGCUUCUUUAAGUUGGUGAUCAUAACUUUUAUUCUCAUGGCCUUAAUGUGUGAUUUAGGGGUGAUAUAUCAUUAGAAGAAAUUAGAUUGUAGACACUCUAGAUUGUAGACACCCCAAUGGGCCAAAAGGUGAAAGUGAUUGAACCGGAUCUGAAAGUAAAUAAUUUGUAUAACAGUAAAUUGACAAAAUACAGUUGAACCUGUAUUAAGCGGCCCCCUAUUGAGUGGUUAUCCUGUAUUAAGGGGUCAGUUGUGGUAGUCCCAAAUUUAUUUUCCCUAAAACAUUGAAGUUUUCACUUCUAUUAGGCGGUCACCUCUAGUAAGCAGUCACGGUCACCCUUAACUGACAAGUCCCAACAGUCUCUUUCUAUUAUCUCCCACUUUUAUUGAAUGGUCACCUAACAUGGAACCACUCAAAUAAAUCAAGAACAAGCUUUUAAGUAUCUUACAUCCAUGUUUAUCUUUCAAAAUCAAUGCUGUAGAUGUAUUUUUGAGUGAGUUUUUGUACAUUGAUUGGUCAAUUAUGGCAUAAAAUGGCAUUUUUUGCAUUUCAUUUUUUUUUUUAAAAAGCCCUAUUCUGUGGAACCUUUAUUAAGCGGUCACUGUGUCAUUCCCCUUGGGUGACUGCUUAAUGCAAGUUGGACUGUAAAUACAAGGAUGUAAGCCUUUGUUUAUUUCACAAGACUUUUUCUUAUUACAUUACCAGUAAUACCUUGAGAGUUUGGGAACUGGAUGUUGAAAACCGUAAGAUCCGUCCAACUGAAGUUGGUAUGGGACAGUUAAAACGAAUAGUUAAAUGUAUUCAGGUGAGUGAUGCUAACUGUUUUCCUGUAGAUAAAAGCAUGUUGUGUUUGGAGCAGUCUGGCCUAAAUUCAUUAAUUUUAACUCCACAAUAUGAUGAUUAUUUAAUGCUAAUUUUUGAUUAGAAUACUCUUAAACAUUAGUUAGUGAAAUGAGUGCAUGCACAUUUUAUGCCUUGAAUGUGAGAAUGAAAAGUGGAACUAGAAUUUGUACUCUUCUUGAAUCAUAAUUCACUUUGAAGUAAGUUGCAAAUUUCUCGAAGAGUUCUUUGCUGAGUUGAGCUUCAAGUUAAUAAUGGUUUGCACUGAGAAAUAUGUUAUUUCCACACAGGGAUAUGUUGCUUCAGCAGCAUUGUGAUGUUUUCAUUAACAGGAUAUAUUACUGUCACUCAGUGAUGUUUCACCUGCACUCAACAUGACAUUGUCACAGAUUAGCAGUGUAUCGUUUCCUUUAGCAAGACAUUGCAGCUGUAGCUUAGAGAAAAAAUUGUUCAUUUGUUUGUUUGCUUUUCUCCCAAAGGUACUGUCUCCUGAAUGCUUGGCAUGGAAAUUGUUUUCUUUAUUUUUUUUUAUGUAUGGUCUUUUUAUAAUAAUUAACCACAAGAUACAUUUUAAGUGUUGCCAAAUGUUUGUAACUAUGAAUGUAAUCAGUGACAUAAUUUUGAUUUUUACAGAUGACUGAAAAUGACAGCCACUUCUAUUGUGGAACUACCACAGGAGACGUUUUAGAGGUAGACAAAAAUUUGCAUAUUGAAGCUGAUGAAAGUUUAACUUGGCAAAAUAGGGAUUUAACUGCAUAAAAGAGCAGGGUGUAUAUUUCUACCAUUUGAACUAAUGAUGAAACAAAGCCAUCUUCAAGUUAGCAAAACCCUUUUAUCUGAACAUUUACUUUUUGUGAACAACUUCACUAAUCACAUAGUCACAAGGAGUGAUGUAUCAACCAUAGGAGUCUUUAAACCCCUAAAACUGUUUUUCAACCAGCAGAGUCUCAAAUUUCAACCAAAAGGGUUCUAUGUACCCUUCCCCCUUAAACUUCAUUUUUUUCAUACAAAUGUCUCCAAAUCCUCAAAUGAAAUUUAAAAACUUUUUUAUUUGGAUAAUUUAUGCUUAGCCUUGAGGUUCUAAUUCAUUUCCUUAUUUGCAUGUGCUGUCAAAUAUUGCAGAUCAAUAUGACAACUAAACUUAUGACUACCUAUGGGCCAUUGGCCAGUGAACGUCUCAGUCUUGGAGUGCUUGCUAUUCGCAUUCCACGGAAAGGUGAAAUUCUGGUUGGAUCAGGAGAUGGGACAGUUGCCAUCCUCAAAGUUGUUGAAAAAGAUGAUAAAAGAAUAAUCAAGAAAACUCAGUAAGCGCAUUUUUAUAAUAAUAACUUUUUUCCAUCAAAUUAUUUAAUCCAUCAUCCUGUCCAUUAGUCAUCAGUCAGUCAGUUUGUUAAAGAAUACUAUUACGUGGACCCCUUCUUUGAAUUUAUGGCAGUUUUUUGAGUGAAUAAGCAGCUAACUUACUUCGUUAGUUACUCAUGCAAAGAAACAGUUGGUGGCUAGAUUUGGCUAAAAGUUCUUUGUAUAACAGUGUGACCAUAUAGUCUGAUCAUCCAGAGUUGAGAGUCCAGAGUAGACCCAGAUGAUAAGUUUCACUUGGGUUAUCAAAACAUCAGUCACCACUAUGAACAAAAAAGCUUUUCAGGACUACCCUCACCCAGAUGAUCACACUACACAAUCACAUGUUACCCCAGGUUCAAAACAUUUACAGUAGAGAUAAGUUUGUUUCCAUUUACUAGGAAAACUUUGCUCUAAGGUUGUCAUGGACACAAUAUUCUAGCACCAGCCAUGGUGUGAAUGUAGUGGGGUUCACACUGGAAACCACUCAAAUUUACCAAUAUAAUCACUGGAAAGCAUAUAUAGUCAUCCAAGUUUACCUAUGUUCUAUCUUUCAAACCAUUUUAUUACCUGCUUUCUUAUAAUGGACCGUGUUGUUUGAUUUAGAUCUGUCACUGUGGAUGGUGGGAUAACCUCAAUAGCAUUGAGAGGCCAAGGACAUCAGGUGUGUUCAAAACCCAGAAUUAUUGAAAAAUUUUUAAGUCAACUCUUAUGCACUGUGAAAAUGGCCAAACUUUAGGAUAGAACAUAAUUUUUUGUAUUGCACUCACAAGCACUUUUUUGUGAUUACAAUCAAUCAGUUUUGUGAUUGCCAACAAAAUUGUUUCGGUAGAGUGAGGUCAUUAAUAGCAUUGUUUUCAUGGAUGAAAUUUGGAAACAUCUUUCCCUGCCAAAUAUCAUGGUAGCCCAAGUCUUUCUGGUGAUUGAAUCAAGUUAGUUAAAGUUGAGAAAGGCUAAAGAUAAGUAAAAACAAAUAACACAGGGAUGAGGGCAGAUCAUCAGCAAAAAGUGGGAUUGGUCUAAAUACAAAAAUGUGUACCUUUCCCAUGUUUUACAGAUUUGUAUUGUAUUAGCUGUUGAAGUGUUCUGAGUUGUGAUGAGAAUUUGAUUAAUUUUGAUAAAUUUUUACUUUUUUACCACAAUGUUGGUUCAGCAGUAGCAUAAAACACAAUUUGUGAAAAACAGUUGGUUGAACUUCAGUGUCCAUAUGUUAUUGUAGGACAAUUAAAACUAAUCUGUCCAAUAUUAAAAUUUCUGUUAGCUUUGGUGAUGCUCUUUUGAUCUAUAUAAUACAUGAAACUUAAAUUUUAUACCUACAUGUCCACCUUUUAAGACAUUAUGCACAAUAAAACCUGUAAGUUGUACUUGAUCUUUAGGUAUUUUUCAGCAUAAUACUCAAAGACCACAUUAUUUCUUCAGUUCUUUGUAGGCACAAAAAACUCCCAGAUUUAUCUGUUCAGCUACAGUACAUUUGGUGCAAAAGAGUAUGACAGGAUAAAGACUUGCCACUACUCCCCUGUCACUGACAUCAUAUUCCCUCAGUAAGCAGAUUUAAUGUUUGAGAAAGUAACACAUAGCCCUAUCUCUAUGUAUGGUUAGCAUAAUGAUUUAUUUUUGCACUGUUGAUGACAAAAAGAGUUGCAAGCUUUGUGCCACGUUUCCCAUUCCUAGUGAUGGCUAUCAAUGUUAAACUAAAAGUUCUGUAGAACACAUGUCCAAUCUGAGAAGUUAGUUAACUUUGCUUUUAGCUGAAUUUGCAUCUAACAGUUUUUCUCUCAGGGACUCUUUGAUCAUCAGUAUAAAAGUUGCCAUUAAGCUUGUGUUUCUCAGUACUUUUUGUCUUACCUUUUUGCUCAAAAGAUAAGUCAAGAUUAGAACUUUAUUGAAGUGUCUGAAACACUUUAGCAUGACUACUACCUACUUCAUAAGAAAUAAAAUUAAAAGUCGAGUGAAAAUUCAAGCUGAGUGAUGGAGAAAAUAAUCUCGCAAAAAAACUUUACAUUUUUUAGCUACGAUGUACAUAAAAGGUAGUCUGCUAAUUUUUGUAGAGUUCCAAAUUCGUCUCAUAGCAUUUUUAACACAGAUUACAGAUUGAAUUGAUGUAUGAAUUUGAUUUUCAGUGACAGUUCAGACUUGUUUCUUACCUGUGCUAAAAGUGAAAUCCGAAUUUGGUCCACAAAGACAAACCAAGAGAUUGUGCGCAUCACCGUUCCUAACAUGACUUGCAAUGCUAUCGAACUGAUGCGCUGUGGAACAAGUAUCAUAAGCGGUGAGGAUUCAAACUCUUUAAUUACUAGAAGUGAAAGUUCUGAAAUAUCUCAGGUAUAGAACACCUAGUGCUGAAUCUGGUUUCAGUAUAUGUAAUUUAAAUUUCUUUGUGAUCAAUACCCACCUCCAAAUCAAUACCACAUCAAAUUUUAUUUCCUUGUGCGCAACAAGAAAAGAAAACUCCUCACGAGGAUAGGAAAUGUUGUGGUUUCUUCCGCAACAAUUCACCUUAACCAAAUCGACAAGCAUCCAUAGAGAGGUCAUUACAAACUCUCUUGAUUGAUUUUUUUCUUCUCAUGAAUAGUAUACAUUAGUGGUAAUAAAGGACGUUCUUGUUUCGAUGGGAAGGGGAAUUUUUUGGGAAUUACGCCAGGCUCCGUUUGCAUGUCAUAGACGUCCAAGAAUUCCCCCUUUCUGUUUCACGGGUUGAUCAACAUAACUUAGACAUGUCAAACCCUUUAACUCCCAAGAUCUGGUUGUUAAUUCUCCCCUCCAGCUAUUACACAUUUCCUAACGAAUUAGUAUCAAGAAUUUGUGUUGGAUCAGAAAAACAAUUUCUACCCGAUAAGUUUAAGAAUUCUCAACACCUGCAUGUCUCUUGGAUAAUGUCUGGAUAUUACAGGGAUAAAUUAUCGGUUAAUCACUCCUGGGAGUUAAAGGGUUAACCCCAGUUGGACACCUGCUACCUCUCCACUUUGGUAAAGAGUGGUGGGGAGAGGAUUCGGUCACUGAGAUCAUGCCACUUUGACAUUAUUCUUCCCAAUGUGUAACGCUACUUCCGUUAUUAUCCAGGUUGGGACGACGGAAAAAUCCGCGCAUUCACACCAGAGAGUGGCCGCUUGCUUUAUGCAAUAGACAACGCUCAUCAGAUUGGCGUCACGGCUGUAGCCACCACUAAUGAUAAGAAACAUAUCAUUAGUGGGGGAGGGGAAGGUGAAGUUCGUGUCUGGACUGUUGGUGGCCGCACUUGGAAACUCAAAGGAGCCAUGAAGGAAAAGCAUAAAGGUAGCAUUGAAAACCAGUGAUAGUCGCUAUCUGGCCUAAAAUGAAUUUUCAAAUGACUGUAUGUUUUCUUGGUAUUUUUCUCGAUUAACAAGUGGAGAACGUGGCGAGGAAAGCAAUAAGACGUUAUUUUGCGCAUUUUUUCCACUUGUAGUGUGUGUACUUUUAGCACAAGAGAAGUUUCUUAAUUUUUUCAAGACGCGUUCGGACUGAAAUUUUAGGUCCUCUCCUUUUCCACGCGUUUCGUUUUUUAGCUAAGCACACAGAGGUGUCGUAACUUGAGCUGGAGAUUAUGGGAAACAAUUUAUUAGAUUCCAUGCAAGUGUUAACCAACGUAGCUGGCAGGUUUUUUAAACCUUUGAAGCGCUGUCCGGUGCGGUGGAGAACGAGUAACAAAGCUACAAGAGCCUUGGAACGAGUUCGCGGUUCUGUCGUAUUUAUUUUUUAUUGAGCGCACAAAACAUAGCCCGUUCCUUAGCUUAUGCAGAUAUCAGCUUAACAAUUUUAAUUUUACUGCAGUUAACUUAUAGUAUUUUUCUAAGGUGCUGUUACUUCCAUCAAAGUUCGGCGCAACGAUCUGGAGGUAAAUAUUUGUACCGUAAACUCUCGUACCUAGACAAUCUCAUAUUUAAUCACUCCCCGACAGUAGGUUCUGUUUACAGUCUGUGCUAAUAACUUUUGCACAAGAGAAAAAAACGAGGCAUAUGUUCAGUGCAUACAAAUGAACUCUGGUUGACUAUGGAUAAAUUUCGACUCGGUAAAACCGCCCUGGAGAUUUGCAGAUCUAACGGUAUACUCUCUUUUCUUGUAGACCCCAAAGAGACCGACUCCCCCAUCUGUUUUAUUACCUUAUCAACCUUAAUUUUUCUUCUUUUUUCCAGUGCGUCUCAGCUAGCAAGGACGGCACGUGUAUUGUUUGGGAUUUGGAGUAAGUACAUCAUCUAUUGUACCUCUUUUUUGCUGAAACCUAACAUUUGACAAUGAUUCUUUUAACUGUAUACGUGCGGUGGAAUGAAAAAAAACUCUGAAGCCUAAUUGUCACUAGCUACCAGGACGAACAUAAAAACAAAAACAACCUCAAGAAAAACAGGUCUUAUUUCGUCGUAAGAAUGGCUUGGACAUAAGAAAAUGUCAAAGCGCAGGGAUAAAAGACAUUCGACCAGCUUUUGUAUGUGCCUGCACGGUCUCCUUCGCAGCCGUCUUGUUACAAGGGCUGUGAAUUUGAGAUUGGUGCUUGCAUCGCCUGUUUGGUCUUUAAGAACGAUCCAAACCCAUGACCGCCACGGUAUGUUAUUAACUUUUAUCUUGGAUUGUUCUAGGCAAAUGGUAAGGUACACAAUCGUGUUUGCUAACACCAUGUUCAAGGCAAUCUGCUACAAUCCACCAGAGAGUCAGAUCAUCACGGCUGGUACGGACCGGAAGGUAAGCGACCGAAUGAGUCAUCACCGCUAAAUAAAGAGACUAGAAAGCUUAAGGCAGAACUUUGAGAAAAGAAGGGUUUAGUUAAAUGUAGGUUACGUCUAACCUACACAACUUAAUGAUUGUAAAUAUAUAAAACUCAAAUAUGUGCACUGCGCUGAAGAAACGAAGAUAAGCUAUGAACACAACUGAACUAGUAGUUGAAAAUAAGACCUGAAAAAAAUUCAGGCAAUUUACUUUGUAUAUGCGGAAACUGACAGUUGAGCCGAUCUUAAACUAUCGUUUUGAGUACAGUCAAACAACUCUUGACUGUAAAGCAGAUCAUUUUGAAGGAAAUUGUUUCGUAUUUAUUACGAGCGUAGGACAAGGAAAUAUCUGGGAAUCCCGAGAGGGAUUGGACAUCAGACUUUCGGCCUUCUAUGUUCCACGCUUUGUAGGACAAAAACUCGUCCGCAUGUAUAGCAAACUCGUGACUCUUUAACCCUUUAACUCCCGUCAGUGAUUAUCAUGUAACUUCUCCUUAUUAUAUCCAUAUAUUGUUUAGCAAACAGGUAAUGAGAAUACUCAAACUUAUCAGGUUGAAGUUGUUAUCUUGAUCUAGCACCAAAUUCUCGUAACCAAUUUAAAAGGAAAUGUGUAGCAGCAAGAGGGGAGAACUAACAAUCAGAUCUUGGGAGUUAAAGGGUUUAAUUUCGUAUUGCCAACAGAUUGUUUACUGGGAAACAUACGACGGAGGGCAAAUUCGAGAACUGGAAGGGUCCAAACGGGGAUCUAUAGAUGGUAUGGAUAUAUCCUUCGACGGGACACACUUUGUUACCGGUGGCGCCGACAAAGAAGUUGUGGUAUGUACACGCAUAACCUGUCACUGUUUGGCAUCUUAGCGUACUAGCACAAUCUAAUGGUGGAAGGUUAAGAAAAUAAGCAAUGGUUAUGGUACAAAAAUCUGAAGAUAAGAUGAAGAAACAACUCUACAAUGCUUUAAAUACUUAAAAUUGAUUCACGAAUUACAAAAUAGGUGUUAGCUUGGUGGGUGUACACGGGGGGUGUACAACGCUUACAUGUUUGUCUUUGUUUAUGAAGGAUACGCUUAGGUGAAAAAUGACCCAUGAAAUCUUUGUAUGUAUCUUCUUAAUGUUAAACAAUGUGAAUAUUUUAAAAGUUGUAGAGUGAAAAACUUUAAGCGUCCAUAACCCAAACAUUCUUUUGAGAGCUAGUGUGUGCAAUCUUUAGAGAUGACCUAUCUUUGUAGAAACUAAUAUUUAUGAAGAACUUCAUGCAGUAACUCACUACUCCGCUGCAAACGUAUUACCGAGAUUUAGACUUGAAAUGUAUUUUCUCUAGGUCACAGUUGCGUAUACACACUUUUCAUUGCUUCUUAUUUUUCAUUCCUACUUGCUCACUCACCUGACUUUCUUUAUGACCCUUGACCUAUUUUGACCUUAAUUUGUAGGUGUGGAAGUACAAUGAAGGCCAAGAGACUCAUGUUGGCAAAGGCCACGGAGGGGGGAUCACAAGGGUGAAAAUAUGUCCAAACAACAAGUGGAUUGUCUCCAUAGGAACGGACGGCAGCAUUCUGAGAUGGAAAUACCCUCAUUAAGACAACUAACACUGAUUUGUAAUUGUAUGACUGUGGAACGUUUCUUCUCAAAAAAUUGCCAAAGUUUAAGUUUUUAUCAGUGGCAGAUACAUGUAACAUUUGCUUGGAAUAUCACUUUGAGGUGUUUGAAGAGAUUUACAUGGAAACUUAAUUGUUUUGUAAUUUAAUCAACACGGUUCACGGUUUUGAUUGACUUAGUUAGACUAUUGUAGGGUGAUGACGUUCAGGUCAAGAUCAUGAUGCCGGUGAAAGUUACUAUAUUAUGUAAAUUGCCUUGUGUACAGUGAGAUUAUGGAAUUUAACCUUUGUAACUUGGAUAAUUAAUUUUUGAUGGGUCAGGCAAGGAGAUAGGGUUUGCUACUAUUUUUUUAAAAGUUUCGGCGGUUUGAGUUGGACAUCAUCAUUCUUGAAAUAUAUUUGAUUUUCUUUGUUUUAUAGUGCUGAAACUAAUUGUUUACUAGUUUAAGGCAGAUGUUGGGGCAGACGCAAAACUUAAUGUAAAAUAAUGUGUGUUGUUAUCGAUAAAUCUGCCCACUUUUCAUCGCUUGACACCAUUUGUGGUAAUGAAUGGUUUACAUGCCAUUAAAUAUAGAGGCCCUAUUAAAACACAUUCAAAAAUACUGGUUAAAUUUCGGGACUUAUUGCGUAGGGAUUGGUGUAAGUGUGCUCACUUAAUGUAUAUUUUGAUAGGAGUUUUUAAGAAACAGCAAACUUGAAUCGAAAUUUGACAUACGAGACAAAUAUUUUUGAACUUGGAUCUUGCCAACUACCCGGACGAGAGGGAAGCUAUCGUGUGAAACAGUUCCAAAUACUAAGUAUUUAUCUUGGGUUUGUUUAUUAUUUCCAAAACGACUUUCUACCUAAAAUUUCAUACUUUUGUAGUAAAAAUCGG